CGAUUCGAGCGCGUCGCUGUGACGUCAGCGCCGGUAACCGGCGGCAAUUGGGCGAGCCGUGGCCGCGGUGUGGUCGCGCGCGGCGGCGGCAUUCCGGCCGCGACGGUACGCCGGAGACUUUGCUUCGGGCCUCGACGCCGCUCGCCGUUGUCUACUCGUGACAGUCGAUCGCUGACGGUAGGCGUCUGUACGCUAGGCCCGCACCUUAUCGGCGUACGGACGUACGUUCAGGCAUUGGGAAGUGUAACCACUGAUCGCAAGGGUAAGAACCUAAAUCACAAGCGGUGAUAAGGCAACAAGCAAAACGGACGAUCUCGGAACGAUGUCGCAGGCCGAAUUGGACGGAACAGCUGUGGAGAAUUUCCGCGAGUACCUGCGGAUACCGUCGGUGCAGCCGGACGUCAACUACGAUGAAUGCGUGGAAUUCAUAACUAGACAAGCACAGUCUCUCGACUUACCAGUUAAAAUUUAUCACGUACAUCCUAAAAAACCGAUUGUGGUUUUAACAUGGGUGGGAACGGAUCCUACGAAGCAGUCGAUUCUCUUGAACAGUCACAUGGACGUUGUACCUGUUUUCGAAGACAAAUGGACCUAUCCGCCAUUCAGCGCACACAUGGACGAGCAAGGCGAUAUCUACGCUCGCGGCAGCCAGGACAUGAAAUGCGUGGCAAUACAAUAUUUGGAGGCGAUCCGUAGACUGAAACUGAACGGACAACGUUGCCAACGCACUAUCCACAUCUCUUUCGUCCCGGACGAGGAGAUCGGCGGUGUUCUCGGAAUGAAAGCCUUUGUGCACACUGCAGACUUCAAAGCUCUGAACGUCGGUUUCGCGCUGGAUGAAGGUGUGGCUAGCCCAUUCGAGAACUUUUACAUGUUUUAUGGAGAAAGAUCGAUUUGGCAUGUCGGAAUAAAGUGCGCGGGCAAUCCCGGUCACGGAUCUAUCAUGUUGGACAACACGGCUGGGGAAAAAUUAAGAGUUAUAAUCGAUCGUUUCACAGACUUCAGAGCCUCUGAAAAAGCAAAAUUAAGUACAGAUCUUGCAAAAUUAGGGUCUACUCUUGGCGGAGUGACAUCUGUAAAUCUUACAAAAAUUUGGGGUGGCGUACAAACUAACGUUAUACCUACUGAGCUCAACGCUAUGUUCGACAUUCGUAUAACGCCUUCUGUUGAUCACGACGAAUUCGAAGCUACUAUCAAACGCUGGUGCGAAGAAGCUGGUCCAGAUGUAACCUAUUCCUUCGAAGAGAAAAAUCCCAAAAUUGAGAACACCAAGCUAGAUGAGUCUAAUCCAUACUGGAUCGCUUUCAAAAAUACCUGCGAUGAAAUUGGUAUUAAUUUGGAAACUGCUAUCUUCCCGGGAGGUACAGACGGCCGUUUUGUGCGAGGGGUGGGCAUUCCUGUUUUUUGCUUCUCACCGAUGAACAAUACAAAGAUACGUCUUCACGAUCACGAUGAAUAUCUAAACAAAGAUAUUUUCCUGAACGGAAUAGAAAUAUUUACUAAAAUAAUACCAUCUGUUGCAAAUGCUUAAACGAAUAUGGUAUACAUUAUGCAUCAGAUUUUAAAAGUGCCAUAGUCGAAUGUUUACAGCUAUUGAUAGCUAAAUUCGACCAUCCUACAAGUGAUAAGUGUAUCAAUCGGAAUCUCUUGAGUUUAAGAGAUCGCAAUUAAUGUGCAAUGAUAUCCUAAGUCAAUAUAUAUUUCUAUAUAUUGUUAUGCUAUUUUAAAUUUUUAUUAUUGUUGGAUGGAGUUGAAAGAUAUAUAUAUUCAUAUAAGAAAUAAUGUAAUACAAGAAAAGAAGAACGAAGUGAAUAUCUUUGAAGAAAAGAUGAGUGAUAGCUCAAUUUAAAAAUGGGGCUUUAAGGAAAUUUCAAAUACAGAAAAUGAAUGGAAUAUAACGUGGAUCAUAAUGAAACGGACAAAGACAUCAAGGAAACGAUAUAAAAUUUAGUAAAUUGUGAACACCAAGAAAUCGAACAUACAAGGAAAUAAUGGAGUGCUAUGGGGCCAAUGGAAAUGGGGCCAAAGCAGUCUGCUCAAAUUAGAGAAACUUCUAAAUAAUAUUAUCAUAUAAUCAUGUGAAGUAUUUGCAGUAAAUACAGUACUCACAUAAAAUAUAUAUACAAAUGUUUUAUAUCGAAGAAAAAAUAUUUUUGUAAGGCUGAUAGCAUCCAGAAGCAUGCAUUUUGAUGAUGGAGAAUCAGGAUCGAGGCAUCGAGGGAAACAAAGUAAUCAAAAUGUUUUGUAAUACAUAUAUUUUAAAGAAAUAAGUCAAAGCGAUGUAUUAACGUGAUCAAUGUUACGAAUAAAGUAAAGGAGAGAAACGUAUGUACAGAGAAAUAAUUCGCAUAAGAGACUGUCUAUUGAUUUUGGAGGUAAAAGACCUAGGAUGUUAAUCGAAGGAAAUAGCAGCGAGAGAGAGAGAGAGAGUGUGUGUGUGUGUGUGCGUGUGUGAGUGAGUGGGUGAAUGAGUGAGUGAGUGAGAGUGAAAAAAACGUUGAGAUUUUUCGCGCGAAAUUCGGAGCGAAGAGGAGAGAGCGAGACGAAAGGAAGAACGGUGAGGAAAAGUGCGCGGUGUGCAUUCGGCCGAGUCGAUAAACAUCCAUGUGCCGCGUGCGCGCGUGUGUAUACCUUCCCGCCAUUAUCGGCGCCGCGUAGUGUUUCAUUCUUAACCGGGCAGCUGCCCGACUCCCCUCCGUAGUGGCCGCAAUGGACUCGCCCGUCGUUUUCAAUCUCGUUCACGGCACGGCGAUUAUUCGCCGCGCUCGCGAGACGGAACUUGCGGACGAGUACGGCGUUGGCGCGCGUCGCGUGGUGAACGGUGGAAAAAUCGCGUGGUGUCGCACGGACGGCGAGCGAAAUACGUCGCGGGAACAUCGUGCCGCCAUCGGGAGCCAGUGUCUUUCCGCGCGCGCGGUGUUGUUUUGGGUUCGGCCAUUUUUCGAGUGGGGAAGGUUAGGGAGAAAACUGUAGUGCGCGCUG